AUGUGGGCUCAACAAUCACAAUCUUACAUCGAGAUUCAGACUCUACAUCUGAGCCUGCGAAAACCACGUCGGCAUCUACGACCAUUUCUAAAGCCGUCUCUCACUCUACGUCGCAAACAUCCUUUCCGGUUUCCCAGAGCGCUACGGCGACAUCUGAACCGGAUUCGGCCACUAAACAUGGGCCCAGCACGGUUUCUAAUUGCUGGCAUUGGCAUCGGUGCCGGUGUUAUAGCAUUAUUUAUUGCUACCAUGGCUUUCUGGUGGUUCUGGAGACGCCGAAGAAACAAACCUGAUAAUCCUGGCAUCACGGAGACUCCAUCCAGAAAACAGCAAUAUCUUUGCAACAUCAGCACCAGUGGGGCAAAGCAGCCAUAUGAGCUUCACUCUGAUUCUCGAUACGUCUAUCCGUUAGAGCUGGACAAUACUCAAGCUAGAGCUAGCAAAUAUAUGGCAGAAAUGCCCGGUUGA